AUGACUUCUGAUGCAGUGGUAGACUUGCUCUCUGGGGGUCAGGCGAAUGUCCCAAACUACAGAUGUGGAGGACAAAAUAAUCUCUUGGCUGUUCUUCACUCUGAAGCCUCCAAUGAGAUUUCAACCAUCUUAAGCAUCUACAAAAUGCCUCAGAUCAACUAUGGCUUUGUUAAUCAUGUGCUCAAAGAUGAAACACAUUUGCCUUUUUUCUUCCGGAUGGCCCCAAAGCAAGAUUCCUAUUUCAUGGGGAUUGUGAAGAUGCUGCUGCAUUUCAGAUGGACGUGGAUCAGUCUCCUUGCUCCAGACAAUGACGAAGGAGAAAGAUUCGUGAGGACCUUGACCCCUGUGGUUGUCAGGAGUGGGAUUUGCAUUGCCUUCACAGAAAGCAUCUCAGAAUGGAAUGAGGGUGGCAACUGGUUUAACUCUGGCAUAUUCUCACUUUUCAUGCAGACAAACUGUAAAGUAGUUGUUUACUAUGGGGACUUCCACUCCAUGAUUACUCUAGAAGUGAUGAUGAUCAUAUAUGCUAGAGAAUACCAAACACCCAUUGAGGAGAAAGUUUGGAUCACAGCAGCCUUGAAUGAUUUCAGCUUGAGGUGCUUUUUCAAGUUGGUUGAUAUCCAGCGCAUCCAUGGUUCCUUUUCCUUUUUGAUCCAGACCAAAGUGAAAACCAAAUAUGACAACUUUAAUUCCUUUUACUAUCCUUUCAUUGCAAUUGUAGAGGAAACAUUUCAUUGUUCAUAUUCAAAUCCUGUAAUGUCUGUGAAAGGCUGGACAAGAUGCAGAGAGAAAGAGGAACUGCAGACCCCAUCCCAGGAUCUGCUAGAAAAUAUCCUCUCUCAAGACAGCUACACUUCAUCCUUUCCUCAGAACUUCCAAUUUUUAAACAAUUCAAUGGAAGGUGUUAAUUUUGAUGAGAAUGGAGACAUGGCAGUCAACUUCGACAUUGUGAAUUGGGCAGUGACACCCAAUCGGUCAAUUGCUAUAAUCAAUGUUGGGACUGUAGAGAGACAAACGUCUCCAGAGAUAAAGUUCACCAUUGAUCAAGAUUCCAUUGUGUGGCCCACAUGGUGUAAUGAGAUCCCACCUCAGUCUAAGUGCACCAAGAACUGUCCACCAGGAUACACCAAGGCAAUUAAGGAAGGAGAACCUCUCUGCUGUUAUGAUUGUGUUCCAUGUGCAGAAGGGACAAUCUCCACUUCGGAAAAUGCAAGUCAUUGCGAUAAAUGUCCAGAAGAUCAGCAUCCAAACAAAAUCCAAGAUCAAUGUAUUCCUAAGCAUAUCACCUUCCUGUCCUAUGAAGAACCUUUGGGGAUUGUCCUGAAGUUCCUUACUCUUUUCUUCAGCCUAAUCAUAAUUUUUGUGUUGGGAAUCUUUAUUAAAUACUUUGAAACACCAGUUGUGAAAGCCAACAAUCGCAACCUCUCCCUCAUUCUCCUCGUCUCCCUCCUGCUUUCAUUUCUCUCCUCUUUUCUCUUCAUUGGUCAGCCCCAGAAGGUGACCUGCCUUCUCCGACAAACUACCUUCAGCAUCAUCUUCUCCAUCGCUGUCUCUUCGGUGUUGGCCAAGACUGUCACUGUGGUGGUGGCCUUCAUGGCCUCACAGCCAGGCAGCAGGAUGAGGAAAUGGCUGGGGAAGAGCUUGGCCAACUUCAUUCUCUAUUCUUGUUCCAGUAUUCAAGUGGGCAUCUGCACCCUCUGGCUGGGCAUCUCUCCACCUUUUCCAGACUCUGACAUGCACUCCAAGCCUGGACAGAUCAUCCUGCAAUGUAAUGAAGGGUCUGUCACCAUGUUUUAUGCUGCCCUUGGCUACAUGGGUUUCCUGGCCGUCGUCUCCUUCACGGUGGCUUUCCUAGCCAGGAAGCUGCCUGGGGCCUUCAAUGAAGCCAAGCUGAUCACCUUCAGCAUGUUG